AUGGAUAAAUUUAUUUCUUCCUGCCCUCGCGGUAAAAGAACGUAUGAAGAUGACUUCGAUGCAGAUGACCCUAUCCUUGGCCAUCCAGGACCGUCUCAACUUGAAACGCCUAGAUCUACUACUAACAAAACAACUAUUAUUGACGGAACACAGAAUUACUUAUUAGAUGGGAAGUACUAUAAAAUCGUUUCAGUCAAUGAGUCGAAAAUGGUUGUAUCGUGUCAACAAUGUUCAAAACAAAUAAUUGCCCAUUCAAAUUCGACUGGAAAUUUAUUAAGUCACUAUAAGCGUGUGCACUUUGGAAUGAUGAACAAAUUAAAAUUGUAUAAGACAGAAAGAUCCAGUAGUUCAAACAGCAUGUCAACAUCCAAACAAACCAAAAUAUGUCAUUCUACAGAUAAUUCUGGUUUCAGUAAAAAAUGCUCUAGACAAAAGGUAACUGAUUUAGUAUUCAACUACAUAGUAGAAGAAAUGAAACCUAUUUCAACUUGUGAAAAACCCUCAUUUAAAAAAUUAAUUACUGGCUUGACUAAUGAUAAUUUUGUGCCAGAUAGAAGAAUUAUUAAUAAAGAGUUAGUAAAUAAGUAUAAUUGUUAUGUAGAUGACUUAAUUGAGAAAGUCUCUAAACAAAAGUAUAUUUGUUUGACAACGGAUAUUUGGAGUUCAUUGAACAAAAGUUAUUUGGGAAUGACUAUGCACUAUAUAGAUGAAAAUACAUAUCAGCGUUUUUCAUAUGCUAUAGCUUGUCGAAGAAUAGAAGGUAGCCAUAAUUACAUGAAUAUUGCCAAAUGCAUAUCUGAAAUUUUGACGAGUUAUAGAAUUGAUGUUACAAAAAUAUCUCACACAGUCACCGAUAAUGCAACUAAUUUUGGCAAAGCAUUUCGCAUUUAUGCUCAACAAUUUACUGCUGAAUCAACGACAAAUAGUUACUUAACUUUAAAUGACCAAAGUAUUAAUAGGCUGAUAGAUGAUAUUGAUCAAAAUGCUGAAAGCAAUUCUGAACUAGAUUCAGAAUUUAUGGAAAAUGAACCUGAUGAUACAGAAGUGGUAAAUUUAUCUGAUAUUUUAUUAAAUUAUGAAGACAGUGGAAAUAUUGAUAAUGAAGAUGUUGACAUAGUUUUAUCAAACCAUAUGACAUGUUCUGCACAUACUUUAAAUUUAGUAGCUACAACUGAUACUUCCAAGAUAACAGAUUUAAUAUACAAAAAAAUAUCAAGAUCUGCCUUUGUUACACGAUGGAACUCAUUCUUUGAUUCCAUCAAAAAAAUUAUUCAUUGCCGUCUAAAAGUGAUCGAGUGCUUUGAACAAUUAAAGCUUUCCAAAUUAAAAGUGGCUGAAUGGAAUUUUUUGGUCGAAUACAUCAAAGUCAUGGAACCUCUAACAAUAGCAUUAGACAAACUACAAGGGGAAAAAUCAUGUUAUCUUGGAUAUGUAGCUCCAACUGUUAUUACAAUAAGACAUAUUAUAUUAAUGGAACAAAAUCAUUUGGUGUAUUGUGCAUCAUUAUCAAAGGCUAUUAUAAAAGGUCUAGAAAAACGGUAUUCGUUUAUUUUUGAUUUAAAAGAACCAAAAAGUAAGCCUUACAUAUUAACGGCAGUAAGUCACCCCAAGUUUAAAAUGGAUUGGAUGCCACAGCAAUUUUCAGAAAUAUGCAAACAGUUAUUUAUCUCUGAAUGUAAUCAAAUUGUUUCUGAGAUAAAUAGUGAAACUGGGAACUAUGCAGUAUCAGAAAAUGAUAGUGAGGAUGAUUUUUAUAGUUCGUUAUUGUCAAGUUCUCAAUCAUCUGGAAGUUUUGACAGUUCUAGUCAAAGAAGUGACAACAUGGCAAGUCUACAGGGUCUAUCUUUUUUAAAUUCAAAAAAAAAAGAUGGACGGAAAGACUUGACAACCUUGGACAACUAUCCAAUUGUGAAACAAAUAUUCCUUAAGUACAACACAACGCUUCCUUCUUCUGCACCAGUUGAACGUCUCUUUAGUAGUGGUAGUCAGAUCUUGGCUCCUAGGAGGAACCGUUUAGGUGACAAAACAUUUGAAAUGUUAGUAUGUGUUAAACCAAACAAAAUAAAUGAUUAG